GGUGGUUUGUGGUCAUAUGAUGUUAUUAGCCAACACUCAGAAGCAGCAACGUUUCAGCUGAAUCCCUUACAUCACUCCUGGCGUCGAAAGCUGACACACCACCAAACAUCAGAAUGUCAUAUGGGUCCAUCGAUGGAGGUUCCUUUGGCAGCCGUAACCCGUUUGGGGGCCCCACCAGGCAGGGCUAUCAGCCAGUAGCCACACAGGUCAGCCCUUCAGAACUACAAGAUGUGUUUCAAGAAGCCUCCUCCAAUAUUUUCCAGAUCAACGGCAAUGUUGUCACCUUGGAGAAAAAUCUUCAGUCACUCGGUACUUCCAGAGAUACAACAGAGCUACGACAGAGCCUACAUUCCACUCAGCAGCAGACCAACAAAGUCAUCACCAGCACAAGUCUUCUCAUCAAACAACUCUCUGAUAUAAUCAGCGGCUCUUCACGGCAAGAUCGUUUACGUCUGACCAGACUGAAGACUGAACUCUCAGAUUCUGUGCAGCGCUACGGGGAUCUUCAGAAGAAAAUCGCAGAGCGAUCAAGGGCCUUGCUCCCUUCAGCACAGAAAGACAAGAAGAAGAGUCCCCAGACUCCAUCCAGUGACCUGAUCCAAGAGGACCCACUGUUUGGAGAAGCAGUAGGUGAUGAGGAAGGAGUCCAGGCUUUCCUGUCUGAGAUCAGUGAGGAGGAUGUGGAGGUGCUUCGUCAAAGAGAGGAGGCUCUGCUUCAGAUAGAAAGAGACAUGCUGGAUGUCAAUCAAAUAAUGAAGGAUCUAGCCAGUAUGGUCCAUGAACAAGGAGAUACAAUAGACAGUAUUGAAGACUACAUUCAGACCACAUCAUCUAAUGUGGAAUCGGCCAAUCAGGAGCUUGCCAAGGCCAAUCAGUAUCAGAGGCAGUUGAGAAAAAGAAAGUGUUACCUUCUGUUGGCCGGAGCCUUGAUCCUCGCCAUCCUCAUCCUCAUUAUUGCUGUUUCAGCAAGAAAAUGAAACCUACCUCUUUGGUAACUGCUGUAAUCUGUCAGUCAGUUGGCCAAGGAAGAGAAAUGAACAAGUAACAAAAAAUCCAGACCAUAAUGGCAACCACAUGAACGCCAUAUAUUAUAACUCCUUAAAGGUAAUAUCAGAAAGCUUACUACCAUGUAUAAUUAAUAAACUGCCUUCUGUUGGUUUGAUAGCUAACCUUGUUUAACUCUCUGGCAAUGUAGGUAGAUAUUUCUUUCAGAACUACUAUUAAACUUUGCUGAUGUUUUAUUUAUAUUAUUCAUUUUAUAAGUCUUCCAUCCUUUGUGAAUAUACAUAAUUUUUCCAGUAAUAUGUUCCACUUGUAACCCACAAUUAGUCAAUUAAUAAAGACUUUUAUUUUUGCGGGCUCACUUACUGUUUUGCCCCAAACUCUGCAACUUAUUUAAAGCCCCGCCUCCAGCACACAGUUGAACUACAUCACCUGUUCCACUGUGAUUGUGACUGGCUGUUUGGCUGGGCCGUCACCAAGAUUGUCACAGCUGAUCGCAGUCUAGUACCCCACUCUCUGCCCAAAGGUAACAUGAUCGUUGGUUUUGUGCAAGCUCUGGCACUUUUGUAAUGAAAUUUAUUCAAAUAGGAUGUAGCUACAUUUAAGUUGAUAUUGCACAGUAUAUUUAUUUAAUUUACUUAUUUUUUUUUUCUUUUCCCCACUCUGCUUGACUAUUUGAGUUAAUUUCUUUUCU